GUUUAGAUCGAGGAACCAAAACCAACCCAACCUCAAGAAAAAGCUUAAUACCAACGCGGAAACCAAAGCUCCAACCAAAAUCAUUACUACUCUGCUCUCUACUACUAUACUCAUUGACUGGGUGAGUGGCUUGGCUUCCAAUUAAUUAAACAAAAAUAAAAUAAUAAAAAAGGAAAAAAAGAUGCCGGAAGAAACGACGGCGAUUGAUUACGUCAUGGAAGCUGCUUCCGGCCCUCAUUUUUCCGGUCUACGUCUGGAUGACCGGUUUCUUUCUUCUUCUUCUAAUUCUUCCUCGAUUUCUGACUCACUCAAACAGCCUUUCGUCAUCGGGGUUUCUGGUGGUACAGCUUCUGGUAAAACAACAGUUUGUGAUAUGAUCAUUCAACAACUGCAUGAUCACCGUGUUGUUCUCGUUAAUCAGGAUUCAUUUUAUCGUGGUCUGACUGCUGAAGAAUCUGAACGUGUUCAUGAGUAUAACUUUGACCACCCUGAUGCUUUUGACACGGAGCAAAUGCUAGAGUGUGUUGAAAAGCUCAAACAAGGAAACUCAGUACAAAUUCCAAUAUAUGACUUUAAAAACCACCGCAGAUGUAAAGAAUCCUUCCGCCAGGUUAAUGCAUCUGAUGUAAUCAUCUUGGAGGGAAUACUUGUAUUUCAUGACCAAAGAGUCCGUGACUUGAUGAAUAUGAAGAUAUUUGUAGACACAGAUGCUGAUGUAAGACUUGCUCGUAGAAUAAGGCGAGACACAGUUGAGAGGGGUAGGGAUGUUAAUUCUGUGCUUGAGCAAUAUGCAAAGUUUGUUAAACCUGCUUUUGAUGAUUUUGUUCUUCCAUCAAAAAAGUAUGCCGAUGUUAUCAUACCACGAGGAGGCGAUAAUCACGUGGCAAUAGACUUGAUUGUGCAACAUAUUCGCACGAAGCUUGGUCAGCAUGACCUUUGCAAAAUUUAUCCCAACAUUUAUGUUAUUCAGUCAACCUUCCAGAUUCGAGGCAUGCACACAUUAAUUCGAGAUAAGGAGAUAUCAAAGCAUGAUUUUGUAUUUUAUUCAGAUCGCUUAAUUCGAUUGGUUGUGGAGCAUGGGCUUGGUCAUCUACCAUUUACAGAGAUGCAAGUUGUCACUCCAACAGGAUCGGUAUAUAGUGGAGUUGACUUUUGUAAAAAGCUUUGUGGGGUCUCGAUUGUACGAAGUGGUGAAAGUAUGGAGAACGCAUUGCGUGCAUGUUGUAAAGGCAUUAAAAUUGGAAAAAUUCUAAUCCAUCGUGAUGGUGACAAUGGGAAGCAGCUUAUCUAUGAAAAGCUCCCAAAUGACAUUUCAGAAAGACAUGUGCUUCUCCUUGAUCCAGUUCUUGCUACAGGUAAUUCGGCUAACCAGGCAAUUGAACUACUGAUACAGAAAGGAGUCCCAGAGUCGUACAUAAUAUUCCUUAAUCUCAUCUCGGCCCCGGAAGGAAUCCACUGUGUUUCUAAGCGGUUUCCUUUGGUGAAGAUAGUAACAUCAGAGAUUGAUGUUGCUUUGAACGAAGAGUAUCGUGUCAUACCUGGUCUUGGGGAGUUUGGUGACCGUUACUUUGGGACCGAUGACUGAUGAAUAUGAUGAUUGGUGAUAGGAGAGUGAUAGGACGAAGUCUCACGAGCCUUUGCACAUCCCGUGAGAUGUUCUACUGAUCCUGGCACAAUUUGGUGGCUAUUUGUAAAUACUAAAGCCGUUGGGCAUGGAAUUUACAAAUUGCAGAUGAUAAUUAUUUCGAUUUGCUAACUGUAUAUCUUGUUUUCUCUGAAUAUCUGCAGCAAGUUUGAUUGUUGAAUCUUGUGAUUACUGGGUAAUUUAAUUUUAUUCCUUCCAA